UCUAUUUUUUACACCUUACAAUCAUUGCUUGGAAUUUGAUUACUUUUUUUCUCUGAAAACUUUUCUAUCUAAUCAUUCUCUCGGUUAUGAAUUCUCUCAAGUGUGAUGUGUGUCUUUGUGUUUCCAAAGAAACGUACCAGCGUCUAAACUAUCUUCCCUUUGCACAUGGCGGUUAUUCCUCAAUGGGACCUCUGGAACCCACAUCUACUUCUACAUUGAGACAGAUGCGGGAAAAGAGAACUAUGCAGAAGUUGUUUAGAGAUGGCUCAAACCAGACAGCCUCUUCAUCAAAGCUGAUUCAUGCUCAGACGAUAGAACCCCUCACUGUCUCUGAGCUUAACCAAUCUGUCUUAACAGCUGAUCCUCAGAUAAUCGAGUUCCUCUGUACUGCCAAAGUAACCGGUAUACAGUCUGAAAAAGGGGGUGUCAUAGUGGCUGCGAUGGAUGUUCUCAGAAGGUCGUGAAGGAGAUUUCUUCUGUCAUGUGCCUCUUUUGUGUGGGUUCCCUCAGGUAAAUCUACUACUCCCAAAGUUUCAGAAACAUUAAAUUCAACUUCCACAUAUUCUCACUACUGUUGUAUUUUGUUUGCUAAACAUUCUUGACUACAGGUACCAUGUGGAACUAUCUUUAGCAGACCAGACAGAUGAUGCUCUAUUUGUUGCUUUUGAUAUGGAAAUGGUUAAGUUAAUCAACAUUCAAACUGCUGAGGCUGCGCAAAUUACAGUAGGCUGAUCUUUCAUUCAUUUAGUACUAUAAUUACUCUUAUAUGUUGAGUUUCUAAAAUAGAAGUUGUGUUUGUUUGCAGGGUGUUGGUGCCAAUGCUCGUGUGGAUGCUGAAAUGACCCAGUUUGUCGCUGGCAUUGUUGGGAAGAUCUUCACUUUCCAGCUUAAGUUAGGAGAGUUCAACUUCACUUCGAAGCACCAAACCUUCACAAUCUCACGUAUCAUUACCAAGCUCAGCGUGCACUACUCCCUGAGAUUAUGAGCUGACCGUACUCAAAUCAAAAGCCAAGCGAAUCACAUGAGAUCUUUUGGUACGAGUCACUACCUAUAGCACGACGAAUGCUUUUGCUUAUAAUAUCAUCAAUAAAAGCCUCAUAUUGGAAACAAAUUACAACUAUAGAUGAAAUUGUUGGUAUUAUCUAUCGUUUCAGGCCUGGUUUGCAAACUUUGAAAAGAAAGUUGUUCACUUUUUUUUUUUUUAAACAACAAAGAAAGUUGUUCACUAGAUGUGACAAAGAAGUGUUCUGACAUCUCGAGCUGUGUUAGAAGCAUGAAGGUAGCUCACGAUUUAUCUGUCACUUUUAAGAGUUUUUCUUUUGUCUUUGCUACAAAGUUGCAAUAUAUAUAUGUCUCUUUAUUUGGGUUGAAGAGUCGCAGAGUAUGAUUUACAAGACUACAAGUUAUUGGAAUAUCAAGAGUCUAUAAUGAGAUUUUAUGACAUGAUUUUGGUAGCCCAAAUCAAUAAGCUGCUUACCUUUGGUUGUCCCACUUCAACUUUAUUGUUGAGAAAAAUUACUAACCGCAUAAGAUGAUGAGGUUAAGUUCCCAUAAAUCAAAUAAACAUACGUCAAAAUAUUACAAUAAUUAUAAUGGACAAUGUAAGAACAAAUAUUUGACAGAAAAUUGAAACAAAACUACUUUAAAAUAUAAAAAAAAAAACUCAAACGAUUAAUUCUAAAAAUAAACAAAAAUCCUUAAUACUAAAAAUAAACAACAAUCCUUAAUCCUUAUAUAUAAAAAUAAGAAGAAUAUAUGAACAAAACUUCAUUACACACAUUUAAAUUCAUAUUAGUCUUUAAAAUAAAAUUUUAAAUACCGUUUUUUCUAUAUACUGUCCAUAUGGUACUUAGUAGUAUAAAUAUGUUUUCUAAAUAAAACAUCAACUUUACUUUAUGUUUAAAUUUCAACUAAAUAAACUUUGUUACGAUUACCGGCUUUUUAUUUUAUUUUUAUUGAAUUGAUUAGUCACAACUACUUAUGCUAUUCCACUUUGAAAUAAGGAACUUCAAAACAAAGUAAUACACUAGGUCGCUAACCACUAUCAAAUGAAUCCGAAAAAUAUCAUUUUCUUUUAACAUAGUUUUAUUUUCAUAUUUUCUUUAGUAAGGCCAUAAAAUGAAUUGUAAAUUUA